GCGGUGGCUGCAGAGAGGGAGGCCGGAUCCCCCUCGUGGCUGGGAGCCAGAGGGGUGCAUUUCGACCUGCCCAACAUACUUUAUAGGGCUCUGGCUGGAAUUCGCACCCAAGUCCUCGCUGAAAUCCCGGGCGAGGCCAAUUUGUCCCAGAUGUUACUUCUUAAUCAUAAAUAACUAGCAAGAGGAGUCUGUGGCCCUCGCGACUGUGAAGUGCAUUCUUAGCUUCCCUCUGCUGGGGAAAUGACUGGAUGGUUCCUCGUAACCGCACGCAUACUUACCUUGAGAAAAGCCAGGCCCGACCGGGCACGGUGGCUCACGCCUGUAAUCCCAGCACUUUGGGAGGCCAAGGCGGGCCGAUCACCUGAGGUCAAGAGUUCGAGACCAGGCUGGCCAACAUGGAGAAACUCCUGUGAUAACCUGCUUUUUGUUAGCUUAAACGGACUCUCUCUUUCUUAGCUGAGAGCUGUUCAGGCUUCUUGUUAGCUUCUUGAGCCGGACAGACUCUAUCUUAGCUUCUUCAUUUUAGUUAUUCCCCUCUUUAAGUAUGUAACUGUCGUAUGUAGCUGGGGCAGGAUAACACUGGGCACAUCCUGGAGUGCAUUUGCUAAUAAAAGGCUGAGUUGAGCGGUACCAGCAGAGCCUGAGAAAGAAGGUGCUUUCGAGUACCCAGAGCCCCCAUAUGUGUAAAUUGUAUGUCUUUUUAUGACAGCUUUAGCCCUUGCACCGGUACUGUUUUAUUUCUCACGUACUAGUUUAUCUUUUAACUUUUUGCUUUCUCUGCAUCUGUGAAAAAACUGCUUCAGCUAGUUUUCCCCCUCCCUUUUCAAACUAGGGUAUAAAAAAAUCCCCUAACUUUUGGGCAUUAGCAACCUCUCGGUUGCCUGCUAAAAUAAGGGACUCAUAAUUCAAUCUCAGAGCGUGGCGCAUUCCUUAAUUCGCUUGGGUGUAAUACUCCGUCUCUACUAAAAAUACAAAAAAUAACCGGGCGUGGCGCCUGUAAUCUUAGGUACUGGAAGGGGCUGAAGUGGGAGAAUUGCUUGAACACACGGGAGGUGGAGGUUGCAGCAAGCCUAGAAUACGCCACUGCACUCCAGCCUGGGCGAUAGAGCCAGACCCAGUCUCAAAGAAAUAAAGGGCCAGGCGCAGUGGCUUAUGCCUGUUAUCCCAGCACUUUGAGAGGCCGAGGCGGGGCAGAUCAGGAGGUCAGGAGUUCAAGACCAGCCUGGCCAAUAUGGUGAAACCCCAUCUCUAGUAAAAAUAUAAAAAUUAGCUGGGCUUCGUAGCGCACGGCUGUAGUCCCAGCCACUCGGGAGGCUGAGGCAGAAAUCGCUUGAACCCGGGAGGCAGAGGUUGCAGUGAGCAGAGAUCGCGCCACUGCACUCCAGCCUGAGCUACAGAGCGAGACCUGUCUCAAAUAAAAUGAAAAAAAAAAGGCCAUCCAAAAGUGAGAAGGAAAAACAAAGCCGGUUUAUCUGGCCGUUUUGGAAAACUGUCAUCUGGAUAACGGGCUGUCUAACCCUGUAAUUACGAGAAAAACCCAAGUUUUAAGAAACGAGUUGAAGAAGAGGAACUCUUCCUACAAGAAAUGGAAGUUUAUAUAUAAGACGCUUCCCUUUAAACCGAUUGUACAGUGUGGUAGGACUCGGAUAGGAAACUGGACGGCAAGGAGACUUUGUUAAAACACAAGAGAACCCCUAGCGUAAAGCCUCAAGCCUCCGGAGCAUGUCGGCGGAACGGACUUAACCACGGAACCCCACUUCCCGGGUGCAGUUUUCCAGCCGGAGUCAGGGUCAGAGGCAGUCUUUCCUACUGCGCAGGCGCGGUGCUACUUACCCAUUAGGGAAGCAAUGUGGCUACUGUGCCUGUCAGCGGUGAUCCUGGCAUGGGGCUUCCUAUGGGUUUGGGACUCCUCAGAACGAAUGAAGAGUCGGGAGCAGGGCGGACUGCUGGGAGCCGAAAGCCGGACUCUCCUGGUCAUAGCGCACCCUGACGAUGAAGCCAUGUUUUUUGCUCCCACAGUGCUAGGUUUGGCCCGCCUAAGGCAUCGGGUGUACCUGCUCUGCUUCUCUGCAGGAAAUUACUACAAUCAAGGAGAGACUCGUAAGAAAGAACUUUUGCAGAGCUGUGAUGUUUUGGGGAUUCCACCCUCCAGUAUAAUGAUUAUUGACCACAGGCACCAGGCUGGAGUGGAGUGGUGUGAUCUCGGCUCACUGCAACCUCUGCCUCCUGGGUUCAAGCAAUUCUCCUGCCUCAGCCUCCUGAGUAACUGGGAAUACAGGGAUUUUCCAGAUGACCCAGGUGUGCAGUGGAACACAGAGCAUGUGGCCAGCGUCCUCCUCCACCAUAUAGAAGUGAAUGGCAUCAAUCUGGUGGUGACUUUCGAUGCAGGGGGAGUAAGUGGCCACAGCAAUCACAUUGCUCUGUAUGCGGCUGUGAGGGCCCUGUACUUAGAAGGAAAGUUACCUAAAGGGUGCUCUGUGCUCACGCUUCAGUCUGUGAAUAUGCUGCGCAAGUACAUCUCCCUUCUGGAUCUGCCCUUGUCCCUGCUUCAUACGCAGGAUGUCCUCUUCGUGCUCAACAGCAAAGAAGUGGCACAGGCCAAGAUCACACAAAAGUUGGGAAGAGAAGGAUGUCAACUAGACUACAUCAAAAUUUGGGCAGAGGGAGGACAAAGAGCUGCCUAAAGAAACUGGGAGCUGGAGCAAACUGCAGAGAUCAAGAUGGCCCUGAUGAACGGAACCAGCAUUCCAGGUCAGCCACAUUCAGGAGCACCACCAAGGCACGGCAGGGAAAGCAAAGUUGCUGGCCCCAAUCAUUCCUCCUUUUCAGGACAGAAGAGGCAGAAGCUCACUCUUUAGACAUGUUCUUGAUGGUCUUGUGCUCCUUCAUGGCCUUCUCCCAGUUGCUGCCAUUGAAUUCCUCUGUGACCAUACUCUGCACAGUGCCCUCAUCCAGGCAGUGGGGGGCGAUUCCUAGGAGAAAGUGGCACAAAGGGGGAUCCCCAGUAUAGUGAGACCAGAUGCAGUACUAGCUCUUGGAUGAGCCCCCACCUGCAGGCAUCAUCAUGCUACACAUUAGGGCUUCCAAAGGAUAUGCCACAGCUUAUGGCUUCAGCAAUGAGACCCACAGGCUGCCGGCUGGCUCGGAAAGCACUGGCUCCAGCCUGCAGAUUCAGUUCUCUAGCUCACUUUCCUCAGCUGCCAGAUGGGAGUCACACUCCUUGAACCAGGGAUGGCCAAUGCUAGACAUCAUUCAACACCAAGUUGGGAGUGCAACGUGCAGAAAAGAGCAGCCCGAGCAAUCUCUGACUGGCAGCCUAAAGAAUUCAUAGGCCUUUCUUGUGUUUAGAUAGAUAACUUUCUUUUUUGAGAUGGCAUUUCUUUGCUGUUAUCGCCCAGGCUGGAGUGCAAUGGCAUGAUCUUGGCUCACCACCUCCCGGAUUCAAGCAGUUCUCCUGCCUCAGACUCCCAAGUUGGUGGGAUUACAGCCAUGUACCAUCAUGCCUGGCUGACUUUGUAUUUUUAGUAGAUGUUUAUUAUUCGUUAAAAAGAACAGAGAUGGGGUCUCGCUAUGUUUCCCAGGCUGGUCUCAAACUCCUGAGCUCAAUCUUCCCACCUUGGCCUCCCAAAGUGCUGGGAUACAGGUGUGAGCCUCUGCGACCAGCCAGUCCUGCUUGUUUUUUGAACAACCAAAAAGCUUUUAAAUGGCAUUAUCAAUGCUCCCUGAACUUGCCUCCUUCACUCCCUUAACCCCUGUCAUUAUUAAAGCUGCCUUCCCUGGCCCCACAAGCCCAUCUGCCCACCCCUCUACUUCCUACCCUUCAACACCAUCCCCAGCAACACCAGCUCUGGCAGCAGUGGUGAAUGAGAAUCAGAACCUGGAUGGCCUCCAAGUCCAACUUCACCACGUUAAGAUACGGAAUUCAGACAGGCUUCACCAGAGCCCGACUCACACUCCAUCAUGUGGAGAGUGUUCUGCUGAGGAGUGCUGUUCCUCUAAGAUACGCAUGUGACAGGGUCUAGUCAGUGACCCACCUGUCCAACCAAGACUUUAAGUGAGAGCACCAUGGGCCUCUCUGUCUCUGUGUCCUCCUGAGCUCGCAGUCCAUCCCCUUUACUCACCGAAGCCUCCAGGGUUGGAGCGUGGAGUAUAGAAGCUCUGAACGCCACAUCUCUUACAGAAGGUAUGCUGGGCUUUGUGCGUAUUGAACGUGUAAGUUGUUAUGUGCUCAGCUCCCUAGGUGAAAACAGACAAACAGGUGUUCUCUUUUUACAGAGAUUUAUUUACUUAUUUAUUUUGAGGUGGAGUCUCCCACUGUUGCCCAGGCUGGAGCGCAGUGGCACAAUCUCAGCUUACUGCAACCUCCGCCUCCCAAGUUCAAGCGAUUCUCUUUCCUCAGCCUCCUGAGUAGCUGGGAUUACAGGCGCCCACCAUCACAACCUGCUAAUUUUUUGUAUUUUUAGUAGAGACGGGGUUUCACUAUGUUGACCAGGCUGGUUUUGAAUUCCUGACCUCAUGAUUUCCUGCAUCAACCUCCCAAAGUGCUGGGAUUACAGGCGUGAGCCACUGUGUCCACCCACAAAGAGAUUUCCCAAUACGUUGAAAGGCUGAGGUGGGCAGAUCACUUGAGCCCAGGAGUUCAAGACCAACCUGGGCAACACUGUUUCUACAAAUAAUACAAAAAUUAACCAGGUACACUGGCACACCUCUGUAGUCCCAGCUACUCAGGAGGUGAGGUGGGAGGAUCAGUUGAGCCUGGAGAGGUGGAGGCUGCAGUGAGCUGAGAUCGUACCAUUUAAAAAAAAUCUUUAAAAAACUUAACAAGGGGAGCCCUUUUGUAGGGCUCUUAUUAUUAUGAGGCCAUUUCCUAUCUCCUGUAAAAGACUGGGACCUUCUUGAAGACAGAGACCCAUCUACACUAUCCACGUCAGUCUGGACCAUGACAGCUCACAACUAACUUCCCUUAGGUCAACUGCACACAGAAUUCAGUCUUGAGUCUUCCCUGAUCUAUCACAUCAGGGAGGGAAAAUGCUUGCUUCCCGGGGCCUACAUGGAGAGACAGUUCACCCAAGGGACUGGCUCUCCAUGUCCCCAAACAGCACGGCUCAAGGUCUUAAGAAAACCAUUGGCUGUUCUUAAUUUAUCCACAAAGGACAAACCAGGAAAAAAAUAUUUGGGAGACAUCAUAGACAGGCUAAUCUCCUUAAUGGAUAAUACAAAUAGGAGACUACACAAAGGACAUGAAAAGACAGUUCAGAUAAAAAGAAAAAUAAAUCAGUUUUUUAGCCUAUGAAAUGCUCACCCAUAUGAACUGCAAUGAGAUGUAUUUCACUAUCAAGCGGGCAAAAUCAAAGCUGUUAACACAGUAUUGACAAGUAUGUAGAGAAAUGUGUUCACAUAUAUCAGUCACAGGAAUAGGAACUGGCAAAAUUUAGCAACAUCUACCAAAAAUUUAAAGUGUAGUGUACUUAUCCUUUAGCAUACAAUUCCAUUUCCUGAAAUUUAUGUUACAGAUAUGUCAAAUGUCUCAAUGACAUAGGCAUAUAGAUACUACAGCACUGUUUAUAAAAGCUCAAGAUUGGAAAAAUUUUAAAUGUCCAUCAAUAGAGGACAGGUUAGGCAUUAUGAACAUUCAUAAAAUGGAAUACUCUCCAACUUUUGAGAAGAAUGAGACAGCUCUACAAAUACUAACGUGGGACAAUUGCCAAGGUUACAAAGUUAAGCAAGGUAUAGGCCAGGCGCAGUGGCUCAUGCCUGUAAUCCCACCACUUUGGGUGGCGGAGGUGGGCAGAUCACUUGAGGUCAGGAGUUUGAGACCAGCUCGGCCAACAUGGUGAAACCUCAUCUCUACUAAAAAUAUAAAAACUAGCCAGGUGUGGUGAUGGGCACCUGUAGUCCCAGCUAAUAGGGAGGCUGAGGCAGGAGAAUCACUUGAGCCUGGGUGGCAGAGGUUGCAGUGAGCUGAGAUCACACCACUGCACUCCAGCCUGGGUGACAAAGUGAGACUCUAUCUCAAACAAAAAAUUAAAGUGUAAAACAACGUAUGUAGUGUAUAUUACCCUUUCUUUCUUUUUCUUUUUAUUUUCUUUUAAUUUUUUUAAUAGACGGGGUUUCACCAUGUUGGCCAGAAUGGUCUCGAUCUCUUGACCUCAUGAUCCGCCCGCCUCGGCCUCCUAAAGUGCUAGGAUUACAGGCGUGAGCCACCGCGCCUGGCUCGCUCUCUUUCUCUCUCUCUCUUUUUUUUUUUAAGGCAACAUACUGUUAUGUGUGGUUUUGGUUUUUUUUUUUGAGACAAGGUCUCUGUUACUGGAGUAUGAUGGUAUAAUCACACCUUACUGCAGCCUUGACCUCCCAGGUUCAAGUGAUCUCCCACCCCGCCCCCACCACUGGUAGCUGGGAAUAUAGGUAUGCAACACCACACCUAGCUGAUUUUUUAAUUUUUGUAGACAUGGUGUCUCACUAUGUGGCCCAGGCUGGUGCUGAACUCCUGGGCUCAAGCGAUCUGCCUGCCUUGGCCCUCCAAAGUGCUGGGACUAUAGGCAUGGGCCACCGUGCCUGGCCUGUAUGUGCUUUUAUAUGCGUAUGCAUCUUUGAAAAGGGAUCCAAGAAACAGUGGUUUACCUUUAGGGAGAGAAAUUAGACAGCUGAACGGGAGGGGAUGGAGGUUUCUUAUUGUUAAACUUCUUUACACUUAUCCAGCCACUAGCAUACCAUCCAGAAUUGUGCUUCCUAUAGAAACAGCUCCCUGAGGAGCCUUGCUCAUGCCACAGCCACUGCAGUACAGAGGAGAAGCAAAGGACUGCCAAGUGGUCCCAAGUCAUCCAGCAAUAUCUGGAUAGAAUUAAAAUCCUGCCCAACCUCACAUUACCCAUAAUGUGCUAAAAGUCUUUUUUAAAAAAUCUGUAAUCUUUAACUCAGAGAUUUUCUUUCCUUUUUUUUUUUUUUUUUUUUUUUGAGAGGGAGUCUUGCUCUGUUGCCCAGGCUAGAGUGCAGUGGCACGAUCUUGGCUCACUGCAACCUCCGCCUCCCAGGUUCAAGCUAUUCUCCUGCUUCAGCCUCCUGAAUAGCUGGGAUUACAGGCAAGAACCACCACACAAGGCUAAUUUUUGUGUUAUUAGUUGAGACAGGGUUUCACCAUAUUGGCCAGGCUGAUCUUGAGUCCUGAACUCCCAACCUCAUGAUCCACCGGCCUCCCAAAGUGCUGGGAUUACAGGCGUGAGCCACCAUGCCCGGCCUUUUUUUUUCCCCCACUGCUCCUUGUGGAGCAGGAUAUAGGAAGUGUGCCCAGAGUUGCCAGAGAACUUAUUUCUAAGAGAAUUGAUCCUAAGGAAGAAAUUUCUAAAUUGUCAAAAAUCUGUAACAAGGAGGUUCACCACAAUGUCA